AUGUCGUACGGAGGAAAUAGAGGAAGUAGUAGAAGAGAUUCUUAUGAUAGAAGAGAUUAUUAUGAUAGAAACCGUCAUGGUGGCAGUUAUCAAAGUAAACAUUAUGGAAAUGGUGGCGGAGAUAGACGCGACAGUAGUAGAAGGGAUGAUAGAAGGGGGGGUCAUUACAAUGGUGGACGCAAUGAUAAUGGUAGAAGUAAUUACGGUGGUGGAGGUCGUGGACCAGCUAGAGAAGGGAAUAUUGAAUCUUUUAAAUUAUUUGUAGUUGAUAGCAGUGUUGGUCCAUGUGAUUUCAUGGAUUAUUUGAAAAGCAAGAAUUUAAAAUGUUUCUACGUUGAUUGUUGUGCUCCGAAUGAGUUUGUUUUCGCUUCUCGCAAUUCUGAUGAAGUUAAUGGAGUAAAGAAACACUUUACAUCGUUAAGUGGAUCUAUUCAACUUCCGUUGUUUGAUGAUACGACUAAAUUCAGUUUAGAUAGAAAUGACAGGUCAAAGCAUGAGAAUUCGUCAAAUUCAAAAAGAGGAUUUACUGGUGGAGAUGUUGGCAAUCCGAUGAAGAAACGAAGAAUGCUAGACCGUUCAGAUUUUGAUUGA